AUGAUAAAGAAAAAAGACAAAGAUAGAAAUGCUUUUGAAUGCAUUGAAAUGGAUGAAAUAAAAAAAAUACAUGAAAAAGAAUUUGAAGAUAAUUCAGAAAAUUAUAAAUUAAGUUUUAAUGAUUUAAGUCAAUAUUCUCCAAGUCCCGUAAGUAAACAAUCUCUUUUAGAUGAAAACAAAAUAAUUGAUAAUAAGUUAUUUGAAAGUAUGAGCAAUGCAAAUGAUAAUUUAAAAAAUGAUGAAAUAAAUUGGUUUGAUGAUAAUGAAAUAGAUGAUGAAAAAUAUAAUAUAUUAAGCACAGAAGAAAAACUCUCUAAUUUAUUAAUAGGAGAAAAUUCUCCAACUUUAUGGUGUAGCAAUAAUGCUAAUGUAGUAUAUAAAAAUAUUAGUAAUUGUAUUAAUAAUUCAAAUGAUAAAAAUUUACUAAAUGAGUCCAACUCAAAUUAUAAACAUAUAUUAAAUAAUAAUGAUAAUAUAAAUGAUAAUAACAUAAUAAAUGAAAAUAAUUCAGGUGAUAAUAAUAUAAUAGAUGAAAAUAAUUCAAGUGAUAAUAAUAUAAUAAAUGAAAAUAAUUCAAGUGAUAAUAAUAUAAUAAAUGAAAAUAAUUUAAGUGAUAAUAAUAUAAUAAAUGAAAAUAAUUCAAGUGAUAAUAAUAUAAUAAAUGAAAAUAAUUCAAGUGAUAAUAAUAUAAUAAAUGAAAAUAAUUCAAGUGAUAAUAAUAUAAUUAAUGAAAAUAAUUCAAGUGAUAAUAAUAUAAUUAAUGAAAAUAAUUCAGGUGAUAAUAAUAAAAUAAAUGUAAAUAAUCCAAAUGAUAAUAAUAAAAUAAAUAUAAAUAUUUUAAAUGAUGAUAAUAUAGUAAAUAAAAAUGUUUUUAGUGAUAAUGAUAUAAUAAUUAAAAAUAAAUUAAUCUAUAAUAACUCAUUAAAUGUAGAUAAUAUUAAAGGUGAAAAUCACAAUGAUGACAAUGAAAAUUUAAAAAACAAAGAAAAAGAUUACGAUGAAAAAAAAAUUCAUAAUGAAGAAAAGGAAAAAGAAAAUGAAAGUGAGGAAGAAAAAAAAAAGAAAACAGAAAUGAAAGAAAAUAAAUUUAAUAACAAAAUUGAUGUCUAUUUUGAUAAAAAUUAUGAUACGAAAAAAAAAGUAUUUAAUAAAAGUAAAUUAUCACAGGAAAAUUUUUAUAUUCUUCCCAAUGACCAAAGUACUUCCUGUAAAAAUAAUAAUUCUUUAACAAAAAGUUUAUCGGAAAUAAAUGAUAAAAAUACGGAAAAAUUAUAUAAUGAAUCUAAAUUAAAUUAUUAUUUUGACUACAAAAGAGAAAAGGAAAAUCUUAAUAAAAUUAUGAAAGAGAAAAAAAUAUAUAGUAAUUCUAAAGAUGAAGAAAAUCUUUCUUUUGAAAAAAGAGAAACACCAUUAAAAAAAGGUUGUGGAGAAAGUAAGUGUAGUAACACUAAUUUAGAACAACUAGAAGAAAAUGAAAUGCAAGAAGAAGAAAAAUUAUAUAAAAAUAUGAAAGAAUUAAAAACAUAUCCUAACUUAACAAAUAUGGGAAUAAAUUAUAAGAAUGAAUCUUCAUCUAAAAAUGAAAUACAUAAAAAUUAUAAUGAAUUAAAUAAUAGCAAUAAUUAUUAUCCAAAAAAAAAAGAUUCUAGUAAUUCCAUUUCUCAUGAUAAUAAAAAAACAAAAUUAAGUUCAGAAGAAUUUUAUUUUAAUAAUAAAAUGAAAAGAGAUUACAGUUCAUCAGACAAAGAAGUGCAUAAUGAAACAACUAUAAGCAAUAUGAAAAACAUUAUAAGCAAGAUAGAAGAAUCAGUUGAAAAAAAAAAAAUUAAAAAACAGUUGAUAGAUGAUUACGAAAAUAUAUUUAAUAGGGAAGAAAAGAGUUUAAGUGAAAGUAAAAAUGAAGAGGAAGAGGAAGAGCAUGCUAGUGCUCCAAUGAAUAAUUUUAUUACUUUAUCUUCUAAAAUGAAUCAUAUAGAAAAACACAAAUUAAAAAGGCCAAUUCUCUAUAAUUCUUUUAAAAAAUAUAACACUUAUAAUUAUGUAUAUAAACAUAUUUCUUCAUUAAGUAAUAAUAAUAAUUUGGAAUUUUUUUUAAAAAAAAAAGUGUAUAGUAGUAAUAAUUUAUAUAACAUAAAAAUUCCCAUAAGAAAAUGUUUAAGAACCUUUAAAAAUUUUAAUCGAAUGAUUGUUAAAAAUAAAAAAUAUUUUUUAUCUGAAAAAAAAAGUAGAGAAAAAAAUUCAUUUGAUAUGUAUAAUAAGGACUGUUAUAUUGAUAAUUCAAGUAAGGAAAUAUAUGAAAAGGAAGAAAAAAAUACACAUAAAACUAAUAAAAAUAUAUCGAAUAAAGUAAAUGCAGAUAUAUUAUUUGAAAUGAAUAAGGAAAGUUUUAAUCAAAUAAAUAGAAAAAAAAUUUAUAGAAAUUACAAACAUGCCUCAGGAGAAUAUGAAUUUAAUGAUAAAAGUGAAAAUUUUUAUGAUAAUCUUGAUGUAAUGAGUAAUAACAAAGAGAAGUUUUAUCAUAGGACUUCAGAUAUAUCUAAAACAAAAGUUAAAGAACUAGAGAAAAAUAGUAUAUUUGAUUCCAGGGAUAGAAUAAGGGAUUAUUUAAUUAGUAAAAGAAACUUUACAAAAGAAAAUAAUAGUAUUAGUAAUAAUAAUAAUAUAAAUAAUAAUAAUAUUGAUAAUGAUUUAUUAAAUAGCAUAAAUGAGGAUAAAACAUAUGAUUUCAGUAAAUAUAAGCAGAUGCAUAUGAAUAAGAAUGAUAUAAAAGGCAUAAGCGAAUGUAUGAUAGGAAAAAAAGAAAAAGAUACAAGUAGAAUAUUAAAUUGUGAGCAGGAAAAUAAUGAAAUGAAAAAAGACAAAAAUGAAGAAGAAAGAAAGGAAGAAAAAGAAACAGAAGAAAAAAAAGAAAUAAUAAUAAAAGAUGCAGAUUACAACAAGGGAAAUGAAGAAUUUACAAAUAAAGAACAAACUGGAGUGACAUUUAAAAGAGAGAAAAGCAGCAAUGAAAUAGGUACAGUGAAAAAUGAAGAAACUGAAAAAAAUAAAAAUAAUAGUAUUAAGGAAAAAGAAAAUAAUAAUGAAAAUGAAGAAAAAAAUAAAGAAGGCGAUGCUACUCCACUUGUAAAUAAAGUAAAAAGAAGAAUAAUAGAUUGUAAAAAUGAUAAAUUAAAGUGGGGAACCACUCAAGUAAUUAUUGAUAUUGAUGAUACAAUAAGAUCAAGUGGUGGAUAUAAGUUUUUUAAUUAUGCAUUGGGUGGAGUUGAUGCACAAUAUCAAAGAGGAGAAACCUAUCCAGGAUCUUUUCAAUUUAUUUUUGAAUUAGCUAUGAAUAAAUUAUCGGCAGAAUCUAAGCCACUUUUAUUAUCUGUUUUAACAGCUAGAAUUCCUCAAGUUCCUAUAACCGAAGAUUCAUAUUUAAAUAAAAAGUUUAAUGAAGUAGCUGAAAGGAGAGGAAUCAAAAACUGGGGUAUCGACUGUGAAAAUAAAACAUUAUAUUCGACCUUAAAAGAAUGGGUAUGGAAUGAAACGAGAGGAGAAAAAAAAUUUUUUAAUUUUAAACAGUUGCAUAAAUAUGUAAUUCAACAAAAUUCUGUUGUGAGAUAUAUUUGGAUUGGUGAUACAGGAGAUAUGGAUAAGCAAGCAGGUGAAAUGAUGAUAAAAACGUUUCCUCAAAGAAUUAGAGCGGUUUUUUUACACCAUGUAAAGGGAAAGGAUGAUAAUACUUUAUUACCAAGUGAUUACUUUAUUAAAUCAGUCCCUGUUUUUUUUUUUCGAACAUAUAUUGGUGCGGCAACUAAAGCUCAUGCAUAUAAUUUAAUUGAUAAAAAGGGAUUAACAAGAGUUUUAGUUCAAGCCGUUUUAGACUUAGAAAAAAGUAAAGUUCCUGCAGAUUCAUCUAAAUGGGAAGACUUAAUAAAGGAUAUUAUUUUAAGUAAUGCUGUGGAUGAAUUAGACAAAUAUAAUGCUGAAACAGUUAAUAGAACAAAAAAGAUUAUAGCUCAAAAAAUGAAAGAAAUUUCAGAGAGAAAACUACAAUUUAUCAGUUAA